AUGGGGCGAGCCACUUUGGCCGAGACGGGGGGCGUUCGGCCGCCGAGCGCCUGGGCCUUGUUUUGCUCGUACGUCGCUCGCGAGGGUCUCACGGACGAUCGAGACGUCCGGGAGAAGUUCGCGGCUCUCGCUGAAGCGAAGUACAAGGACAACCGAAAGAAGGCGGAGGCUUACAGAAAGGCGCAGUCGUUCGGCGAUACUUCGCCGAAGGACUUCCAGAACGACGUUGGUCUGGAGGUUGCUCAGGAGGCCGUCGCCGCUCGACAAGCAGAAGCCUUGGAAGCCGACCUUGCGACCAGAGAAGUGCAGGGGGACUCUUGGACCUGGACUUUGGGUCGUUCGCUUCGUAACUUGGAGCCAGUUGGCCGUGGGGCGACCGGCGAGGUCUACUUCGCCACCUUCGAAGGCCAGCCGGUAGCUGUGAAGCUGACGAGAGGCCGAGGACUGCAAGCAGCAGCCAGGGGCAUCGACGUUCAGGAGGAGUUCGCCGUGCUGGCGGCCCUGAGCCAGCACCCCAACGUGGUUCGAGCCUUCGCCGUUGUCACUAGCUCGCUGGGGCGGCCGGCGUUGGUUCUGGAGAGGGCGUCCGAGAGCCUGCAUGCGAAAGCUCGAAGGCUGAAGGACGAUCGGCUAGAGAACUCGCCUGCCGGGAGGGCCUCGCUGCUGCGACUCUUUUCGCAGUUCGUCCUCGGCCUCUCUUUCGUGCACGGCCGCUCGGUCUUGCAUCUCGAUGUGAAGCCCGCCAACAUCCUGAUCUUCGAUGACAAACGAGCUGCCCUGGCCGACUUCGGCCAUGCAGAGGGAGUUUCCGACAACGGUUGCUCUGUCGUGGGCGAGCGUGUGUACACCCUGGACUUUCGCUGCCCGGAGUGCCUCAUGGCCGGCGGCCAGAAGGUCCGGGUGAAGUUCGCAGCUGACGUCUGGGCGGCCGUGGUCACGUUGUUCGAGAUCUGCUGUCCCAGAAAGGCCUCGUUGUGGACAGUCCCGCCGGGGACGUUCGUGCGGGAGACGGAGGAGCAGACAGCUAAGGCCAUUCGGGAGAUGGCCGCUGCGAAGAGCUCCAAGCUCAUGCCGUACGACCAGACAAUGAUGGACGUCGUGGAGAAGACGUUCGUGCCGGCAGACAGACGACUCUCGUUGCCGGGCUUGCUUCGGAUCCUGGACAAGGAUCCGUCGGCCUCCCGGUCUGUCGGCAGGCCCGCCCUCGCCGACCGACAUUCGUGA